AUAUAAAUGCAUCUUGUGAUUUCCUCUCCACCUGGAUUUUCCUCCCCUACUUCUCUAUAUCCCCCCUUCCUUCUGCAACAUCAACAGCAAAACAAACAAAAAAACCCUAAUUUCAAGUCGCCGUUUCUUUCUUCUACCUUAAAAUGAAGUGAUCAGCUUGACUGUAGUUGGAGAGGUGGCAUCAUUCUGAUACAGAUUACAGUCAUUCACUCUAAAUACUUGAUUUACAAGAGGAGUAAUGGAAGCUAAUAUAUGCGACAUCAAUCACUUGGAUGCUGAUGUUCUUUUGCCUCCUCGGAAGCGCCUGCUUGCAGGAUUCAAGAAACAGAAUUCUGAUGGUGAUGCUGCCUUGGCCCCUCCUGCAGUUGCUUCAUCCUCAUCCUCAGCAUCGCCUUCUUCUCCUCCUCCCCCUACUCCAUCUCCUUCAUCCCCAUCUCCGCCUUCGCCAACUCCUUGUUCUCCAUCUUCAAGUGAAUUUCAAGCCCGCCUCAACAAUCUUUUGACUUCUCAUUUUAAUAAUAACCGUAAUCUUUCACCUGAGGAAAUCGUAGAAGCCUCAAAAUCAGCUGCUGAUGCUGCUGUUAAGGCUGCUGAAGCUGCAAGAGCUACGGCUCAGGAGAAGGCUAUUAUUGCAGCAAAAGCUGUGACAGCUGCUAAAAGUGCAUUAGCCUUAGUUGCGUCUUUUCCUGAAGAGGCAGCUAGCAAGGAGAGGAACUUACAAAGGAAUAAGCUGAAGAAGCAUGUCCAGGUUCAACUUUUGUACAAAAAGCACCAACCUAUUGAGAAUUAUAGGGCUGAUGAAGAAUUAGCUCGUAAGCUGCAUAGGGUUAUGAACAGCUCUCCUAGAAUUUCGAAGAACCCUUCCAGUUCUGAUUUCAAGGGUCAUAAAAAUAAGAAGCCUAAGAGCUCACCGACUUCUGAGAGAACUAGGAUUUCAAAUGGAAGUGUAGCAUUUGGAGGAAACCUAUCUUCUAUGUGCAACGGGCAUGGUGUUGCAGGUGAAUUGGAUUCUGAAGGCUCCAUUGGCGAGGUAUGCACAAGUACAGCAAAUGAGAAGACAUCCAAAUAUGAAAAAGAUACUCAAUUAGAUAUGGAUAAUGGGGAAGCAGAAUCAAGUCACUCAAAGGAGAAAAUAUGGGGAGAUGCAGGUUCGCCCGGUAAAAAGAGGGGAAGACUGAAACUAAAGAAGUUGCCGUUAAGCAUUUGUAGCUCUAGGGAUCAAGCAAAACCCAAGGAUGAUAUUUUUCCCAGAAGUUGCCCAUUGACUGACAAGAACAUGGGCAAUUCUACUACUCGCAAUAAGCCUUUGUUUUCUAAGGAGCCUUCAGGUGAUAAUCUGAUGCCAAUUGACGUUGCACCAAUGCGGAAAUGCCAGGAGUUCAAAGCACCUGCAUGUGUUAAACAGAAUAAAGUGAUUCAAUCAUGAUUGCCAAAUCCUUCUAGAAACAGGUCGCGACUGUGAUAGAAGUUCAUAGCUGAGGUAGGAUUCGUGAUAAUCUCUUUUUUUUCUAAUCUUCUUUUUUUUUUUAAUCUUCUUUUUUUUUUUAAUAGAAACGGCUUUAUUUGAUUUAUCUUUUUGUUCAUCUUUGGUUUUGUAAUGGACUUGAACUGAAUUAAAAAAAAAAAAAAUAGAUGUAUAUUUUAAAAGCUCAAUUGCUUGCUGGCAAUUAGGUUCAAGUCCUUGAUUUCCCUUCCUUCCCUUGAACUGAAAAAGGAUUUCUCAAUACAAUCAAGGGUUGCUUCAGAUGA